GGACAAUGCGGGCCGAGGCCGCCCGCGCUGCUUGCUUGGGGGAAGGCGGGCGGGCGGGAUGGCGGCUGCCUCAGGGGGGGCCGGGGGGCGACGGGGCGGCCGCGCUGUCUCCGCGCUCCUGGCAGGAAGAUCCAAGAAGCAGAAAUGUGGACCCAAAGACAAGCAGAAGCUCCAGGAGGCCGCUCUUCGCCUGCUGAGUGGCCACCAGGAUCUGGGCGAUCUCUUGCUGGAGGUGGGAAGUUCACCCUGCAAUAAGCCGUCCUGUGCCAGCAGUUCAGGCACAUGCACCAGUGAAGCAUCAGUCCCGGAAUUAUUUGUAGUCUCUGCCUUGCAGGACCAGGCCUCCUUGUUGGGGGUGCCAGUGGGAAUGUUGUCAGCCAGAACUGCAGCUAACAACAUUGAGAAGAUUUCUGCAGCGUCAGGCCAAGUGGUGUUGCUUACUGCAGAACAGAGAGAUAAGUUUUCUUGCUUUCUCCAGACUUUGAAGGAUUUAUUAUCACACAAUGCCUUCAGCCGUUUGCUGUUUGCUCAAGAAAUGUGGAAGAUGCAGAGCCCGCUCAUCUUGGAAGUGGCCUGGCGGCUACAUAGGGAAAGCAUUGUUAGCUUGGACGACCUGCUGGAGAGUCACCCAGAUGCCCCAGCACUGGUGGAGUGGUUGUGCAGCAGCCUCUGCCUUCUGUGCCAGCAGACGGAAGAGCCUUCCUCAGACACAGAGCCCACGGGGAGCAUUCUCACAGACUUUGUGGUUGUGUUCCUUCGUAAUGGAUUCCAGAAACCACCAGAGCUGGGAAAGAAGCUGGAAUUGCAGAAGAUCUCUGAAUCCUGCUGUGCUGUGCUGGAGAGGAUGUUGUCUUGGACACUUGAUACUGCGGCUAAAGAGAAACAAGAAGACCCCUCCGUGGUGAAGGCAGUGAAAUGCUGGCUCCAUAUAUUCAGCACGGCGGCAUACCAAGGCACAGUCCCUCCGGAGUCUCUGCUGCAGUUUUUCCGGCACACCUUGACCCAGGUGCUCACCUACAACCCUCAGCUCCAAGCUUCUGAUGCCAUCCGUCUGCAGAGAGAGUGGAGCUUCGCACGAACCAGCCCCCUGCUCACCCUCUUCUACCGCAAACUGUUCAUGGUCUACAAAGCAGAGGAGCUGAUACUCCAUUUGCAGCAGGUACUGGAGACCAGCGAAGUCAACUGGCAUCAUGUCCUUUCCUGUGUUUCCACCCUCCUCAUCUGUCAUUCUGAAGCAGAGGAAUUGGUCAAAGAUCUCCUGGGCCACCUGUUGAGAAAAGCCUUUGAGAACUAUGAUUUGGAGAACAUGAUCACGGCAUUCUUAAUCGCCCGCCAGGCAGCCCUUGAAGGCCCUGCUGCAUUCAUGCCUUAUUCCGAGUGGUUUAAGGUUGCCUUUGGGAGCGCCAGCGGUUUCCACGGCGGCAGCAAGAAAGCCCUGGUCUUCUUCUUCAAGUUCCUCUCGGAGCUGGUGCCCUUUGAAGCCCCGCAGUAUUUGAAGGUCCACAUCAUGCACCCGCCGUUUGUGCCCACCAAGUACCGCCCCUUUCUUCUGGAGUACGUCACUCUGGCCAGAACCCGGCUGGCGGAUUUCAAGGUGGCGAUCGAGGACAUGGGUCUCUAUGAGGAUUUGUCUUCCCUGAAAGAAGCGGUGCAGCCACACUCUCAGGCCCUGCAAGAUGCUGAAAAGGCCAUUCAGAUUUUCGAGCACACGGGGAAGAUUCCAGCAAGUGUGAUGGAAGCCAGUAUUUUCAGACGGUCGUAUUACACCUCCCGUUUUAUUCCUGCGCUGCUUGUGCCACGUGUGCUCCCGGAAGUACCCGACUCUCGCAUGGCUUUGAUAGAGUGCCUGAAAAGAGCUGAAAAAAUUUCCCCAAAUGCUUAUUCUGCAUAUAUUGAAGGAUGUCGAGCUGUUAAAGAGAAACUCUGGCAAGGCGGCUCUGGCAAAGCGGAGGCGGAUGAUCUCAAGGAGCCCCUGCAGCUGCUGAAGGCAGAGCUUGAAGCCCUGAGGCCGCUGAUUACAGACCAAGACAGGCAUGAUGCGGUGCCAGCCCAGAUUGCCAUAGUCUCCGAGAAGCUGACAGGUGUCCUGGAACGUGUGGAAGGUGCCGAUGAGGCCGCAGCCCCCAGACUUCGGAUUGAGCUGAACCUUUCUGUUCCUGAAGUCGAGCAGCACGAUCAAGGGGUUGUUGAUCUUCUGCUGACGUCGUUCUGCCAGAAUGUUAUGGCUGCUUCCUGUUUUAGCCCUCCAGAGAGGCAGGGCGCUUGGCCGUCCCUCUGGGUGAAAAUGCUUUGUGGACACCAGCCACUCUUGCCUCCUUUGCUGAGUCGGCUCUGCCAGCUCAUGUACCAUCAGUGCGCUUUGCUAAGUGAGGCUCACGUCAUUGGCCUGGCCGUCCUGGUGGUUCACUUAAAUGAAGCCAAAGACUUGAUUCCUGCAAUUGACGUCUGCUCAGGGGUCCUUUGCUCCGGCUCCCUACGAGGCCUUGCCGUCACCGAACUCUGGGCUCAUUUAUUGGCUUGCAUGACGGGAGAAUCCACAGUCUUCUGCAUGAGGUUCUGUACUGCAGCCGUUUCUUACUUUCUGUGCAAAUUUCCUUCUCUUUCCCACGAUGAAUUGUGUGCCUUGCUUCACCCUGGCUUUGUGAAAAAGCUUCAGUUUGUGGUGCCACGGCUCAGCUUAGAAGCUCGAGGGAUCAGCUGUCAUGAAGACGCAGCCGAGCUCUCUUGGGAACGUUUUUCUCAGCCUGCCCUCUGCUACCGGAAAGCCGCCCUCUGUUUGUGGAAGCAAGCACGCUUCAGAGAACUUGUGCAGGAGAAAGCAUUCCAGCUGACUCUCCAAGAGUGGUUGCUGAUGGAGCUCAGAGUCCAUCCUGACACAGACGUCCUCUCUGGAUCCGAAAGGCGAGAGUUCCAUCACUGGGCUGUGUUCCAGCAUUUCCUCCCUGCCUCAGCUGCGGCUGGAGGCUGCGAUGGAGACCUGAGAAAGGCCUGUGCUGUUCUCGUUGACACUGCUUUGGACUUCUGCCAAAGGUCUGAGUUGGACAACUGCAGCUACCUACAGGACCCACAAGCCUCUAUUCCCCAUAGGAGAAGAACUCCUGAUAUUCACUUCAGGCUACAGGAGAUGGUGAUGAACGUGGUGACGGUGCACAGGAGAGCCCUGCCUGAAGGGCUUCUUGACGAUCACGAGGAGCACUUCCUCUUCAGGGUUUUCCGGCAGAGGCUGAGAGCUCUGGGGACGGCCUCUACUGUAGGCGAAAGGCUUCUCUGGUGCCAGGAAGUGGUUCUCCAGUCUAGGAUGCUCUUGAGUCUCCCUCCGUUGACUGUCAUUGCAACGCGGCCGAGAGGAAACCAGAUUGCUCUAGAUUGUGAAGACUACUUUGGCUUCGUAAACGCAGGGCUGAGGAACAUCUGCACCAGAGGCUGGGCGCUCUCGUACGACAUCACGCAUCAGUUCUUUAUGGGUCUGCUGGGCGCCACAGGGAAGUGCAGUAAACCUAUCCAGGAGGUGAACUCCAUUCUCACACUGAGUCAAGACAGGUGUCCAAUAAUAAUUUGUUCUGCAGCGUGGUGGUGGUCAAGGUUGGAGCCCGAGAUCUGCUUUGAGUGGAGGAGACACUUCCGAGGUCCCUUCACCCAGGGACUGAAAAGCCUCAAGGAGCUGCAGUCUUCAGUCAACAGCUUCCUCUCCUCGGAAGCAGCUGCCCUGGUGUCCGACACGCCAUGGAUCUCUGCUGCCUUCCUGCAUUCCACAGCACAACAGCAAAUGAGAUAUGAGAAACUGGGAGCAGCCCUGAAGCGCUUGGGGCCUGCAGCAGGACAGCUCCUGGUAUGCCUCUUCUUCUUCUCAGUUGUGGAUUUCAUCUCUGCAAGAGUAACUCCAGAGGAAGGGCUGGAUGUUCCCAGAACCUUGGACUGGAGCUCCAAGAUGCUGCAGUGCUUGGAGGAACGAAGGGUGUCCUGGCUGUCCGUCUUCAGUUCUGCAGAGAAAGGCCAGAGCCCCAAUCCAGUCCUGCGCAGUGCUGUAUCGGAUCAACACUUGAGGCUGUUUCCAGUUGCCUUUUAUAGCCUCCUUCUCGCCUUUGACUCCGAACGGUUUAUUGGAGAGCAGGCACUCCUGUAUGUUGCUGUUGACAUGUACACACAGCUGCUGCAGCUCUUUAUGGAGGGGACGACAACCGUGGCAGAACUGCUGGGCCAGCGAGAAGGAAGCCUGCGUGCCGGGGAGCCCGAGGAUUUGUUAGUGCUGAUCAGGAGAGCCCGCCACUUCCUGCUGCAGGCCAUCCCCCGGUGCCCUCAAAGCAGCUUUGCAAACCUCCAACAGCUCCUGGGCCUCUGUGGCGAACUUGACCCAGAGAUCAAAGCUGCCCUGGUGAAUUCCAGCGCAGAAGGGGCUCUCUUGGCACAAGAAGACUCGCUCCUUUUCUGAGGGCUGAAGGGGCCAGCUGGCUGGCACAGAGAGACCCCUGCCCACACGAGAGGAGGCGCGGCAGGAGAGAGAGUGCAUCUGCCUUCCAGGGCCUGCUCUGUCCCAAGUACUGUGUAAAUAAUUUAUUACAAGCAUAACCAUGACUUUGUUACAAUAAAAAUUAGGUUACAAAUG